CCCAACUAGUAACAGACAGCCCUCUUCUUCGCAGACGCCCCUGGAGUCCUGAACCCAGAAAGGCACGACCACCACCGCCGGCCGGGAAGCAAGCUCAAACCCUAACCGCCGGCCGGGAAGCAAGCUCAAACCCUAACCGCCGGCGACGCCAGCACGAUGGCCCGCUACGACCGCGCGAUCACCGUCUUCUCCCCCGACGGCCACCUCUUUCAGGUCGAGUACGCCCUCGAGGCCGUCCGCAAGGGCAACGCCGCCGUCGGCGUCCGCGGCACCGACACAGUCGUCCUCGGCGUCGAGAAGAAGUCCACCCCCAAGCUCCAGGACUCCAGGUCCGUGCGCAAGAUCGCUAGCCUGGACACCCACAUCGCGCUGGCGUGCGCGGGGCUCAAGGCUGAUGCGCGCGUUCUCAUCAACCGCGCGAGGGUCGAGUGCCAGAGCCACCGACUCACCGUCGAGGACCCCGUCACCGUCGAGUACAUCACCCGCUACAUCGCCGGCCUGCAGCAGAAGUACACACAGAGUGGUGGUGUUCGCCCCUUCGGCCUCUCCACCCUCAUCGUCGGCUUCGACCCCUACACCGACAAGCCGGCCCUGUACCAGACCGACCCAUCCGGUACCUUUUCUGCCUGGAAGGCCAACGCCACGGGGAGGAACUCGAACUCCAUGCGGGAAUUCCUCGAGAAGAACUACAAGGAGACCUCCGGCAAGGAGACUAUCAAGCUCGCCAUCCGUGCACUUCUAGAGGUUGUUGAAAGUGGUGGGAAGAACAUCGAGGUUGCAGUGAUGACAAAGAAGGAUGGUCUCCGUGAACUUGAGGAGGCUGAGGUUGAUGAAUAUGUUGCCGAGAUUGAGGCAGAGAAGGCUGCAGCUGAGGCUGCAAAGAAGGGUGCCCCGAAGGACACCUAAUUCUUGGCUUCUGCUGUACCUUCAAUCAACACUUUGUUUGUCUUUAUCAUAUUCCAUGCACUAUAUUAACUGUUUUAGAGGAACGCUAGAUUGUUAGGUGAAACUGUAUGCUUCUAUGCCUGUAGAGUCGCAUGCUGUGCAAUGUGCUUAUCCACAUGCCUUCCUCGGAAUGCUUCAAUUUCAUCUACUGUAUCCGCUGGACAGUUGAAAGUUCAAUCCUUGUUCACCAAAUUCCGUUG